AUGGAAAGCAACGCAUUUGGCAACAGCCAUUUGCCUUCACAAGCGCUUGUUGUGCUCUCCGAGGCCGCUUCCGGCUUGCAUGAAGCUUUGCGAGGACAACGUCCGUUUCCAGCAAGAGUCAUUAUAUUUCUCGGUCCGCUCCUGCAGCUACCUGACGCCAAAGAUCUACAUAACAUGUCACUAGUCGGCAACUACGGCACGCACUUGCUGCACAACUUCCAUCCGCAUCUGCUGCAGACCCUCAACCAUGGUAUGCUGGCAGCCAAUGGGGCUGCGGCUGCUGCAGCCGCCGCCGGAGCUCCCGCCAGUUACUUUGCCAGCGAGCGAUCGCCGCUGGGCAAACACUCAGUGCUUUCCAACUUCUCAUUGCCGUCGGCCUUCUCGCCACCCAAAUACAUUGGCAUAUCGCUGGAUCAGAAUCUCUUCAAUGGCAGCGAAUCCUUUCGCACGGACUCGGCCAGCCCCACAUGCACAUCACAUGAGUCCAUGGAGGGCUCACAGGAUUACGAUGCCGUUGAGAAGGGUGAAAGUCCGCGCAGCAAUAACUCUCAGGAUCCCCGGGAUUUGAGACAUCUGCACAAUGCGAGCAAGGCACACACUGUGGCCUCCUCCUCUUCCAGCUCCAGCUCCUGCUCCACCAGUUCGGUUGUGGCCGCCAUCAGCACGGCUGCCUCGAUGGCCAACAGCAACAGCAACAACAGCGUGACCGUGAGCACGCAUUUGGCGCAUCAACCACCGCUAUCACACCAUCAUCAUCACCAGCAUCAUGUAACGGCGACACCCACGCAUCACAUUACCGUCCACUCCCACGCACACCCACACCCGCUCUCCCACCAUGCAGCGCAUCAUGCGGCACUGGCCAGCCUCAGCAUGGCCGGGCUGCGGGCCGUACCCGGUGGCCUAAGCCUGGUCAGCGGUCUGACUGCGGCCGCAGCUGGUGGUGCUGUUCCCGAGCUUUGUCCCGUGUGCGGCCUCAAGCUGACGGCUGAAGAGUGGCACACACAUUUUCUCACCGAGCUCGACAGACUUUACAAGCUUAGUGCCGGGUUCGAGCGCGCCAAUCUGCAGGCCACCUACAUGUUCGCGCCUCCAUGUCCGGCACAGGAGAAUGCCAUUCGCACCAGUCACAAUCGCUGGGAGACGUUUCAACGAAUACGCAACAACCGCCAGAACCGGUUGCGACUGAAGGUGCGGAAGCGCAAGUUCGGCGAAAUGUACAUGAUGGAGAGUCUCUACUGCAGCUCCUGUCCCAUAUGCAAACGGAAAUAUGCACUGGAGGCGGGAAAACUGCCCUCCGAGGAAGAGGGUAAAAUGCAGGAUGAAAUCGAAACCGUCGAUGUGGAGAGCUGCAAUGACGACGUGCCUGACUCGGGCUCCGAGCUGCCAAGUACUGCACAGGCUGCUGGCUCAAAUGCCCAGUUGCACAGCAGCCACGCACAGCCGGGCAAGCUUGAUGGCAUACUCUACCGCACGGCCUGUGUCAUUAACCAAAAGGACGUGCACAGUGAUGAGCAGGAUGUGACCACCAACGCCAGCAGCAGUAGCUGGCAAUCGGAGGUAGCCAAUCAGGCGACUACAACCCAGGCACAUAUCAGCGUGAAAAACGUCAACGAGCUGUCAUCCACAACGCAUCACUACUACAACGCGGAUUCCUGCGGCGUUGGCGUCAGUGAGCACAGCAAUAAAGAGCUAAUUAUGGAUACGGCAUCGUGCCAAAACGACAGCGACGAGGAUGUCAUUGUCGAUGAUGACGAGACAGUGAAACUGACAAGCAAGUCAACGGGCUACAGUAAACAGUCACGCAGGCAGGAGGAGAACGUGGGAAGCAGCAGAAGCCUGGAAAAUAUAUCCCCCGCUGAAGAGCGUCCGCGCUCAGAGCCCCAAGUCAGCAGCACCGAACCUGGCCCCAUGGAGAUCGGUCACAGCAACAACAAUAACAAUAAUCCGAACACAGCCACCAAAUAUGGCGAGCAUAUGGAUAGCAGCAGUCUCUCACAACUCUCCGCCAUGGGCGUGCCGGGAUUAACGCAAUUGGACACAAAGGUGGGAAUUAGUUCGGAUUUAAAACCGGACGAUGAAAACAAAUGUUUCAUUUGUAAGACAGGCAUAAAAGAUCUCAACACCGAUGCAUUUCUACGCGGUCGUAACUUCUACUUUCAUCAAAGCUGUGCCAAUGUUAUGAGCAGCUACCGUCUCAACAAGGAGCUGAUUAGCCAAGCCCAACAGCGCGCCUCCGAACCCCCCACGACGGCAGCCACACCCCGAAGUCUCUCUCCCGCACAAUCGCCCCAACAGAGUGUUCCCUCAAAUGUUGCCGAGUAGAUGUGGCAUGAUGGCAUGGAUGUGGAUGUGGAUGUUGGUGGGUGCGGCAGUUGCAAUCAAAGCGUGAAUUUAUUAAAAUUAAUAUAAAUAGUAUAUUGAGCGUUACUGUACGAGAAUAGCUAAUGAGCGCGAAGCCUCUUUUUUUGAGCAUUUCAUCGUGAGACAAAUGUCUGGGCUCGCCUAAAACUAGGCAACGGU